AUGGAUCAGCAAACACCCACUUCCCCAGAAGCCAACAUAAAUAUACGAGAUAAGCACCCACCAGCACAUGAAGCUUCCAAGCUAAUUGCACCCCCUGAUACAGAAACAAUCACCCAACUACCGAAUUCAACCUCAAGGUCUGUGCUAUCUUGGCUCACGAGGCUGCAAGCAAAUCACAACGCCACUAGCAACAAUGUGGCAUGUCAAGAUGAGACAUUUCAAGUAAAUGGGGUGAUCGCCCAAGCUACGCCACCUGCAUUGACAACGUCUACAGCUGGUGAUGUGGUAGUGGCUGGUCCUGAAGAGCCUCCUCUACCGCAAAGUUCUUGGUACUCAUAUUACACAUCUUUUAUAUUUCCCAGUAGUGGAGAAUCUCCAACAAUGGAACACAUACCGUUGCUACAAGGCAAUUUGUCCACUAUUAAAGAUGAGGAUGAAGGGACCAGCAGCGGAUCAGGAGGAUGGUUUGGUUGGCUUUUUGGCUCCAAGCAGCAAACACAGGAGGAUGAAGUAAGUGAUGAAUCGAGUGAAGCAUACAAAGCCGCCAAAGCCGUUGUUGAAUCAUCAAAAGAGGAGUGUCAUUAUGUAUACAAGAGUAGCGACGAGUUUCAAACAUUUGAAAUGAGUGUCAGUGGAACACCAACCGAAUACCUACCUGUGCUAAUACAUACAAGAAAGCAUAAGCCAGUAUCAGCUAAUGAGAUCUUUGAAAAAACCUUACGACAAAAGAACAUUGUUGACAGCGAAGCUCCGUCUGCUCCUUGUAUCUCCCCCAAAUUUGUCGACAAUUAUCGGGAAAUUACAUGGAAAACAAAAACGCGAUUGAUUACGACGGACUUUCUUUGUGGAUACGAUACUGAACUGCAUCUAUAUCGGAAAAAGCAGGGGCUGAUAGUUCGCACUAGAACACAAUUGAGGAAGAUUGUUGUCAUCAGUGUUCAUAAUUUCUUACCUGUCAAGUUAGUGCGGGCGCUAAUUGGUGAAUACACAGGUACUGCAAUAGGAUAUGGUAAAUUGGCAACAAAAGCACUACGGACGUGGCUCAAGCAAAACAACCCGGAGUAUCGUGAGGAUGAAUAUACAAUCGACUGCAUUUCCAUCGACGGACAGGGUAAAGUAGCGACAUGUGUUGCAGAUUCAAUUUUACUUUUGGGAAACUACAUCAAAGAGCUUAACGAGUGCGACUUUAUCUAUGUUGUUGGAUAUGGUACUUCUUCCCCCAUAGCCAUAAACAUAAUGGCUGAACUACUAUCCCAAAAUCACCAGUUGUGCAGAAAAAGGAUUGGCAUUUUAAGCAUGUCGGGCAAUUUAAUGGGUCCUGUACCGUCAAAGUUUUCCAAAAUUGUCUACCGAGCAUACACGCCACUUGAAAACGAGAUUACUCGAGAAGUGUUUGAGUACGAAAAGAAGGAUAGUGUAUUGUCUCGCAAGUUGACGGAGUCGGUGAAAUUCUUGCUUGAUCAAAAUGUCAAGUUUACAUUCUCAAGUACACUUAGCCCCUCGUCGUUCAUUCCAUUAUAUUCAUCAUUGGGGCUGCAGUUUGAUCAUCCCAAUAUACAUCGAAAUUUAUAUCAAGUGAAUGUGACUCCGUUCAUUUCGUCAGUUUUGGAUCUUGCUUGUCAAAUGAAGAACUUGGGUGUGUCUAAAGACCACAGUAUAAUACAGAUAUUUGGUGAUAAAUUGGACACGGGCAAGACAAACAAGUACCCCUUUAAUGACGAAGAGGUUUAUUUCGAGAGUCUUCGGUAUUUUUUAGAGUCGACAAGCUUGCAUAAGCUGAAACCAGUUCAAAUUAGAAAAGGAGCUUCAGGGACUUCAAAUUAUGAUCUUUAUCAGUUGCCUUUUUAUUUCAGAGGGUUUAUACAGGAAUUCAGCGCAGUGAAGCAUGUUAAUAGCUUGCAGCAACUCAAAAAAAUGAUAAUGGAGUACAGGAAUUGGGAGCCAACAAAUUUGAAUUCUAAAGAUGUCAAGUAUUGUUUAGAAGCGCUUGACGAAUUCCAAAUUGAGGAGCUAUUUCUUUAG